GCUGUGGUGGCGGACGCUGGGCUGAGGCGGGUGGGAGUCAGCGCUGAGCGCGGGCUAAGGAAGCAGGGCAGCGACUAGCAAGCGGCGCGGGACGCGGAGCCUCUUUUACUUUUUCGCUUUUCGAGUGCCCCCACCCACCCCUCCCACUCCACACACACCCUGUUUGCCCGUGAGCCUGGGGAACUUGCAGCUUAAAGCCAGCCACCCCCACGGCAGCAUGUACCCCAGCAACAAGAAGAAAAAGGUGUGGAGAGAGGAGAAAGAACGUUUAUUGAAGAUGACCUUAGAGGAGAGACGCAAAGAAUAUGUGAGGGACUAUGUUCCCCUGAACACCAUCCCAUCAUGGAAGGAGGAGAUGAAGGGGAAGAGCCAAAAUGAUGAAGAAAAUACUCAGGAAAAGAAAAGCUUGAGCGAAAAAGUUUCUCUCUAUAGAGGUGACAUCACUUUGCUAGAGGUAGAUGCUAUAGUCAAUGCAGCAAAUGCCAGCCUUCUUGGAGGAGGAGGGGUGGAUGGCUGUAUUCACAGAGCAGCUGGCCCCUGUUUACUAGCUGAAUGUCGUAACCUGAAUGGCUGUGAUACUGGGCAUGCAAAAAUCACAUGUGGCUAUGACCUUCCUGCAAAAUAUGUCAUCCACACUGUAGGGCCGAUAGCCAGAGGUCAUAUUAGUGGGUCCCACAAGGAAGACCUUGCAAAUUGCUAUAAAUCAUCUCUGAAGCUGGUGAAAGAAAAUAACAUCCGAUCAGUUGCAUUUCCCUGCAUCUCAACAGGCAUUUAUGGUUUCCCAAACGAGCCUGCUGCAGUUAUUGCCCUCGGCACCAUUAAGGAAUGGCUGACCAAGAAUCACCAUGAGGUGGAUCGGAUCAUCUUCUGUGUCUUCUUAGAAGUCGACUUCAAAAUCUACAAAAAGAAAAUAAGCGAGUUUUUCCCUGCAGAUGAUAAUGAAGAAGAUGUUGACAUGAAAGAAGUAUCAGAAGGGUUAGAGCCAAAAGGCCUGUCACCACCCCACAAGAAGAGCAAAGCAAAGAAGCCAGAAUCAUCAAAGGACUCUAGUGAGGAUGAGAAUGGUCCUGAAGAGAAGCAAAGGGCAGAAGACUUGGAAGGCCAGAGCCAAGAAGCAGAUGGUGUCAACACUGCCACUGUGCCCAGCCCUGCUUCAGAUGAGGCGGUUGAGGUGUGCAAAGAUGAAGAUUCCUCAAAGGAUGACAAUAUUACAAAAGAAGAUGAAGCAAAAGAUCAUUCUGUGUGUGACCAAGAUAAACCCAGUGCAGGAGAAGAGAAUGAUUCAACAAAGAAUGAAAUAAAAAUUGAGACAGAGUCCCAGAGCUCAUACAUGGAAACAGAAGAGCUUUCACCAAACCAAGAGGAUGCCACAAUUGUUGAGCAACCAGAAGAGAUUCCAGUAGCUGAUGACCAAGAAGAAAAAGAUGAUGAAAAAGCUCAAGAUAAGGACACACCUAGACUGCCUGUGAAAAUUGAAGGCUCCAGUGAUACAGAAAAUACUACAGGUCCUGAUGUUGAAAUGAAUAGUCAGGUUGACAAUAUGAAUGACCCAACAGAGAGUGAGCAAGAAGAUUAACUAAUAGCAGGGGCACAAGAUGAAGCAAAGGAACAAUGAAGUGGAACUAAGUGAUGGUCCUCAGUGUUGUGUGGCCUCGCCUGGCCCUGGGGGAGUGUGGGCAGAGAGCAGCAUGCUGUGGAGCAG